AUGGAUAGAUGGAUAGAUGGUUCCUCCAGUAAAUUCUUUAAACUCUCGUAGUUUACCAGCUCAAGUGUGUGUCUCUUGCUAGACUGAAAAUCCUAAUGAGCAGAAGCUUCCCCAGUCAUCCUUGGGUCAUCUCACUAAAUACAGGACCCAGUGCAGUGUACAGGCAGUUCAUAUUUGGUGGAGGAUGGAGUGAUCAGAGAUGAGGCUUCCAGGACAAAACCAGAAGUGGUCCCCAUAGAGGGCGCCCUCAGGCAGCGAUUUCCAGCUGUGGUGGGGGAGGGGCGCCAGCUACACAGCUGCUUGCAUUUAAGGUGGACUAAGGGAUUUCCCCCACCCAGCCUCAGACGUAGGGCGAGGAAGUAGACAGUUCCCAGUUUCACGCCCACACUUUCCAACCCCUUCCACCAGGGUACAAGAGAAGAGAUGGUAUUUUUCUUUCUUUUUUAAGUCAGCGAGUGUGGCAGCACCUGGGUUUUAAAAAAAUUGUUGAGUGCCACCUGCGACCAAGGUAGGAAGUAAAGGGCUUUAAGCAAGACUAUUCUUCCCAUUUCACAGAUGAUGCCAUUGAGGUUUCCUUAACAGCUUCUGGCUGUGCUCCUUGCUAAGAGUUGCUGGCAGUAGGAGGGGGAAAUUCCUGUGCAACUGUUCGAUCCCUUCCUCCAAGGGGCCUCCUUAACAGCUAUCCUGCCGGCGUCGCCAGCUGCCCAGCCAGUUCCUGUCCCUUUCGCAACCCGCCCUCGCCCCGCCUGACGCUCCCGGGGUCUGUCUUUCUGCUGGGCCCCAGGCCCGGCUCGGGCGGAAUGGAAUUCUCGGAGCUGAUCCGUACCGCCCGGGCCCAAGCCAAGCUCCUGAGGGGUCCGGAGUCGCCCCCACUGCGUGGCACGCUGUGCCUCACCGGCCACCACCUGCUGCUGUCGCCAGGGCCCCAGGCGACUUCAGAGCUGUGGCUGCUGCUGUUGCGCAGCGUAGACUCUAUGCAGAAGCGGGUCACGAGAGACUCUGGCAUCAUCACGCUGCGCUGUAAGGACCUCCGAGUGCUGCAGCUGGAAAUAGAGGGCGCGGAAGCGUCGCUGGACAUCGCCCGCUCCAUCGAGGCGCUGUCCUCCCUGGAAUCGGUCAUCACUUCCUUUCCGUUCUUCUACCGUCCCAAGGGCUUGAGAUUGGGCGACGCCUGGCAUUUCCACCCACCCGAACGCUACUACAAGCGAGUAGCUCGCGAGACCAACGCUUGGCGGUUGAGCGAGGCGAACGAGGUCUUCAGCUUGUGCCCCAGUUACCCCCGCGCGGUGAUCGUGCCUCGCGCAGUGGACGACGAUGCCCUGGCGCGCAGCGCCCGCUUCCGCCAGGGAGGCCGCUUCCCUGUGCUCAGCUACCACCACGCGCCCAGUGGAACCGUGCUGCUACGUUCCAGCCAGCCGCUGACUGGUCCCCAGAAAAGGCGCUGCGCUGAGGACGAGGAGCUGCUGCGAGCUGUGCUGGCGGGGGUUCGCCCUGGGGCCCGGGGCUUCAUCGUGGACACGCGCUCGGCUCAGGCCGCCAAAGAGGCCCGCGUGACCGGCGGCGGUACCGAGGCCAAAGCCGCCUACCCUGGCUGGAAACGGCUGCACCGGCCCCUGGAGAGGGGACGGCCCCUACAGGAGAGCUUUGUGUGCUUGGUGGAGGCCUGCAGGGAUGUGGAGCAGAGCAUGGACUGCUGGCUUGGUCGACCAGAAGGCUGCCGCUGGCUGGCACAUGUGAAAGAGGCACUGAGCACCGCCUGCCUAGCAGCCCAGGGCAUGGAGAAGGAAGGGGCCUGCAUCCUGGUACAUGGGGCUGAAGGCACGGAUAGCACGCUGCUUGUGACUUCGCUGGUCCAGCUCAUUCUGGACCCCUUGAGCCGGACCAUGGCUGGAUUCCAGGAACUAGUGGAGCGGGAGUGGAUCCAGGCCGGCCACCCCUUCCAGCUGCGCUGUGCCCACUCGGCCUUCUCCCAUGCCCGCCCCAAGCACGAGGCACCCACCUUUCUCCUCUUCCUGGACUGCGUGUGGCAGCUGGGCCGCCAGUUUCCGCUGUCGCUGGAGUUUGGGGAGGGGCUGCUGUUGGCCCUGUUUGAGCACGCCUAUGCCUCCCCUUUUGGCACCUUCCUCUGCAACAGCGAAAAGGAGAGAUGCCUGUGUGAAGUGAGGACUCGAACACACUCCUUGUGGUCUGGGCUCAACCAGCCAAAAGAGCAGCGGAAACUCCGGAACCCACUCUACGUCCCCAAUCCCUUGGCCAUCUGGCCCUCCGUGGAGCCCCAGAGCCUGCGACUCUGGCAAGGCCUGUUUCUGCGCCGGAUCCGCCCGCCUGAACCUUCAAGGGCAGCAUGGGAGGUGUGGCAAAUAGUGACAGAUAAGAAGACCAGAGCUCCUGGGGUGCCUGGGUGGCUCAGUGGGUUAAACGUCGGACUUUGGCUCAGGUCAUGAUCUCAUGGUUCGUGGG